AUGGGUCUAUCAACUUUAUCAUAUGUAUAUAUUCGUUAUUUUGAAAAUGGAAAACUUUCAAUCUAUAUAAUAUUUCACGUUGUCCGGUACGGUACCGUACGGUAUCAUACUCCUCAACUUGAGCAUUUUGACUCUUUUGCUAACCUCAUACUUCGUACGGUUUAUUCAUCUUUAACUUCAUCAGUCUUAUCAUUAAUAUCAGUUUCAUUAGCAUCAGUCUCGUUAGCAUCACCGUCUUUCUUCACUUCUUGUUCUUCUUGUUCUUCUUGUUCUUCUUGUUCGUCACCACCUGCAACAAUAUCUGACUUUAUCUUUUGCCACCCACUGAACUGUAUAUUAUAUCCAGUAAAUGACUUGACUUUAACCUCAUCAACCGUGUUUUCCCAUGGUAUCACAGGCGUCUUCAUCUCUUCAGCAAUGAGCUGGUCCUUGGCUGUCUCGAUCUCCGACAUAUCUAUUAAUCUCACUGAACAAGAGGAAAACUCAAUAUUACUAAUGGUUCCUGUUUUGCCACCUUGCUUCUCUCUCUGUUCUUCUAGAAAGUUCUAA